AUGGCACAACCUCCAGCAGCACCGCCCACGGCGACGGCGAAUCGCCAUAGCUCGAAACCGUCGACCGCGACCGUGAACCUCGCCCGCACCCACUCGAACCAGACCCAGACCCAGACCCAGACCCAGACCCAGGCCUCACCGCCCCGAAACUCUAUCGACGGCAAAGGCGCCUCCCUCGAGCAGUCGGUGCGCAAGUUCCGCAUCGUCGAGGCUCUGAGGAGCGGCGAUACUGCUUCCAUCUCGAGGGCCAUCCGCGACAGCGCCGAGGGAGGGCCAAGGGCGAGCACCUCGACUCUGUCUGGCGGGAAUGCCACCCUCCAGGACACCACCAUCCUACAUCUGGCCGUACAGUGCGCCGAAUAUCCCGUGGUCGAAUAUAUCUUGUCGAAUUUCGCCGGCAUGAUUGAUAUCAAUGCCCGGGACAAGGAUGGCAACACCCCGCUUCACAUUGCUGCUGGGCAAGGCCGGACCGCCGUUGUGCGACUUUUGCUUGAGCAGGAGCCUAUAAAUGACGCGAUCGCCAAUCACCAAGGCCGCUUGCCGAUUGACGUCUCUCGCAACCCUGAGAUUUUCCAACAGCUCCAGCUCGCCCGAUCCCUCUUUACCGAAGCCAAAAUACGUCAAGUUCAGGAACUCGUAAAUCGCGAAGACUAUGGCACGCUCAAGGAGGUACUCGAAGAGAGUCGUCUGAAAACUGUUUUGGAUAUUAACAGUCCCGACUUCGCGUCCGACCAGACUACUGUCGACACUGGAGGCACUUUGCUCCAUGAGGCCGCCCGAAAGAGGAACACGAAACUCAUACAGAUUCUCCUCCUGCACGGUGCCGACCCGUUCAGGCGCGACCGAAGGGGAAAGCUUCCUCAGGAUGUCACAAAGGACGAUAUUACAAGGGCGAUGCUAAAGAGAUCUCCUGCCGCCGUCGCAGCGCAGAGAGGAAUACAGGAGAAGGCCGUGCUUGGCCAUGCCGCAUCGCAAGGUGCGUCAUCCGCCUUGCCUGGAGAUCCGCUGGCUGGCCGAGAAGGCCGAGAAAUGAAAGGUUACCUCAAGAAGUGGACCAAUUACAGAAAGGGCUACCAACUGCGAUGGUUCGUCCUCGAAGAUGGUGUAUUAAGCUACUACAAGCACCAGGAUGAUGCUGGAUCUGCCUGCCGAGGUGCCAUCAACAUGCGAAUUGCACGGCUUCACAUGAGCGCCGACGAAAAGACCAAGUUUGAGAUCAUUGGCAAAUCCUCCGUCAAGUACACGCUCAAGGCGAACCACGAAGUCGAGGCGAAGCGUUGGUUCUGGGCUCUGAAUAACUCGAUCCAGUGGAGCAAGGACCUGGCCAAAGAGGAAGAGAGGCAAAAGCUACGGGCUGCCGAGCUCCUCCGACAAGCCAAGGCGGACCGUACCGGGUCGACCGACUUGUCAGCCCAGCAUACAUCGACGGAUAAUUUGAGUGUCUCCGAGGCUAACCGAAGCAGCCUUCAAAUAAAUAGAGGCCCGGUAUCGAAGUCGGGUCCAGGGCCAAGCACCAUCGGUAGUGUCGACGAUGACGUGGAAGAUGAAAUAGGAACCGACGGUGGCUUGUCGAGAUUCCCAAGUGGCCCCGCCGUUGACCUGGAGGACGACGACGACGACGACGACACCAGCAACCGCAAUGGGGUUGCGCCGUCAAAGGACGCCUUUAGUAUCACAGCUCAGUCAGCUAAAAUACAACUGGAUACCAUCUCUGCCGUCAACGCCUCUCUCAUGGCGCAGGCAGCAAAGAAUCCCCAACUUCCGAUCGGUGACCCCAGUGUUGGCCAGGCCCUCACGACCUACGACGGAGCUAUCAGGACUCUCUCGGAGCUGGUCGGGAAUCUCCUUAAGAUAUCCAAGGAUCGCGACUCGUAUUGGCAGUACCGGUUCGAUCGAGAAGUCCACAUGCGACGAAUGUGGGAGGAGAGCAUGGCCAAGGUCGCUCGAGAGCAAGAAGCCCUCGAGGCGAAAUACGGCGAGGCGGAGAUGAAGCGCCGACUCACAAAGAAGGCGUUGAAGGAAGUCAUGGUCGGUGGCGGCAUGGAAGCCGUUGAAGACGAGGCGCCCGAGGAAGAAGUCUUUGAGGAUGCAGCCUCCAUCAAGUCCCGUCGCAAGUCCCUGAGCCGUCGCCGGACUGCGCUUGAGCAGAUUGCGCAAAUGUCUGAGAGCUCCGAAUCGGAUGACGAGGAGUUUUUCGAUGCAGUCGACGCAGGGGAGGUCGAGGUCACAGAACUACCGCCCGCCGAGGCCGUCGUGGUGGUGUCGGGAGGUGUAGAUAUCAGCUCGGCUUUCAAGGGAUACGAAAACGGCGUCAGGACGCGGCUAAAGCUUGAUGCUGACAAUCGCCCAAAGAUUUCUCUAUGGGGCAUCCUGAAAUCCAUGGUUGGCAAGGACAUGACAAAGAUGACUCUCCCCGUAUCUUUCAACGAGCCGACAUCGCUUCUAUACCGUUGUGGUGAGGAUAUGGAGUACGCCGACCUGCUUGACCUCGCUGCCGAACGGACGGACUCUCUUGAGAGACUGCUUUAUGUUGCCGCCUUCGCUGCCAGCGAGUAUGCUUCGACGAUUGGACGAGUCGCCAAGCCAUUCAACCCUCUGCUUGGCGAAACGUUCGAAUACGUACGACCAGACAAAAACUACCGCUUCUUCAUUGAACAAGUUAGCCAUCACCCACCUGUCGGAGCCGCUUGGGCCGAGUCCCCUAAAUGGACAUACUAUGGCGAAUCCGCUGUCAAGUCCAAGUUCUACGGAAAGUCAUUCGAUAUCAACCCAUUGGGAACGUGGUUCCUGAAGCUGCGUCCGGUAUCUGGAGGGAAAGAAGACUUUUACACGUGGAAGAAAGUUACGUCGUCCGUUAUUGGUAUCAUCACGGGUAACCCGACGGUAGACAAUUACGGACCCAUGGAAGUAAAGAACUGGACGACGGGAGAGGUUUGCCACCUCGACUUCAAGCCGCGCGGAUGGACAGCGUCCAGCGCCUACCAGAUUUCGGGCAAGAUCCUCGAUUCCGACGGACGUGUGUGCUUCAGUCUAGGCGGGCGCUGGAAUUCCAAGAUCUACGCUCGACUCACUCCGGGCUACGAAGCCAAGGUCGACGAGCCUGUAUCUGACAACGCCUCGACGCACCGCGGCAGCAUCAGCGACACCAACAGUGCGUUUUUGAUCUGGAAGGCAAACCCACGCCCGCAGGGUAUCCCGUUCAACCUGACACCGUUCGUGGUCACCUUUAACCACAUCGAUGACAACCUCCGACAGUGGAUUGCCCCUACGGAUUCGCGCCUGCGACCUGACCAGCGGGCCAUGGAGGACGGCGAGUACGAUUUCGCGGCUACGGAGAAGAACCGGCUGGAGGAAGCGCAGCGUGCUCGGCGGCGCAUCCGGGAGGCCAGAGGCGAGGAUUUCAUCCCCGCGUGGUUCUCCAAGGCUCGGUGCGAGAUUACUGGGGAGGAAUACUGGAAGUUCAACGGCGAAUACUGGGAUAGGAGGGAGAGGUAUGGCAAUGGUGACAAGAGUGCGUGGGAUGGGCUGGAGCCAAUCUACGAGGAUUGCCAUAGGGAAGCGGCGUCCGGUCUCCGCGGUGGUCCAGAUUCCGGUGGAUGGGACAGCAAAGAGAAGCUCUCCUUCAUCAUGUUGCUAGUUUAG